AUGAACCAAACAUCUUAUUCACCCAAUGUCAAUGAAAAUAAUAUUGUAUUUGGAGACGUCACAACAAGUGUACAUACUCCACAACAAAGCUAUGAAGGUUACCAACAAAGCUAUGAAGGUUACCAACAAAGCUAUGAAGGUCAACAUGUCAGAAUUAAUCCAAUUCCAAUGAAUGGUUGUUUAUAUAAUUUGUGCCAAUCCCAAAAUUUAGAAAACAAUUCUUUCAAACAAUUCAACAACGAAAAAAAACAAACGUCAUUUGUCAACCAAGAAAAUAGUUUUAAAGGAGAAAUAACACCAGACAUCAUUUAUAAUGAUGUUUUUAAUAUUCAACAAUUGUUGAAUGAGUUUCAAAACCAAUAUAUCACUCGUAGUGAUUAUAUUACAUUUCGUUUAUUAACUCUUACGUUGCAAAGUCUUUUACACAUAACCUUUUAUAUGAAAAAGUUAGAGUCUGAAAAAUUAAUUAAUUCAAAGCCAAGUACUAAUGAAACAAAAGGUAGUGAAUCUAGUAAAACUGAUCUCACAAAGUCAUGCAAAGGUCAAAAAGCUCAUACUAAAGAAGAUGAGAAAAAAUUACAUUCUAGUGACAGUGAAAGUAGUGAUAGUGAAAGUAGUUAUAGUGAUAGUGAUAGCGAAAGUAGUGAUAGUGAGGAUGAAGAAAGUAGUACUGAAAGCGAUUCUCCUAGUGAUAGGGAAAUACGUCGUCAACUGGCUUCAAAACAUGCAAAGGUUCACCCAGUAGGAACAGUUCUAAAUUCAUUUAGAGAAAUUGCUCCUUUAUAUUUGAAAAAAAAAAAUAAAAAGUUUGAAAAGAAACAAGCAAAAGAGUUAUUUUAUUAUAACAAUUAUUCUAAUGAGGAAGAACCAAAGGUUAUUAGAAAUAAAAUAAUUGAAGCAAUGAAUAAUACCAAUAUAUCUCUAUUUAUUCUUACAUUAGACAGUUGUGUUGCUACAUUCUCAAAACAAAAAUCUGAAGCCGAGAAAGGAUGGAAUGAGGAUGAUAGUUUUAAAAUUUAUCAAUUGGUGAAGAAUAGAGAACAAUGUUAUGUUGAGUUAAAGUCUGAAGAACAUAAAAGCUUUGAAAUAAAUAAGAAUCCUCUCUAUGACAUUCUUACAGCCUAUGGUGCAUUUUCUAUUACAGGAAAAUUAGAGAUAUGUUAUAAACCUGAUGGUGAUAUCUCUGGUACUUUGCCAUAUACUGUUGUUGUUCCAAAAGGUAGUAAUCCUCUUGAAACACUUGGAGGUAAUCCAAGGGAUAUUAAAGAAAAAAUUGAACGAAUACUUAUCGUAAAAUGGUACUAG